GCCGUCAGGUGAUGACGUGUGGGUAAACAGGUCCAGUAUCCGUGGCAGCGGCUGAGGCCGGCGGGCGAGGAGGCACCGGCUGCCGCUAACCGGGGAGAGAAACUGCCUGUCGCAAGCAGCCCGGGCCGCAGCGCGCCGCCGCUACGGGGUUGGCAGCUAAACUAUGUGCUUCUCCAGGGCGGGCACCAUGCUCCACUCAUCUUUGUGCCCCCAGCAUCUAGCAGUGGUGGCCUGUAGCAGGCCCUCAAGAAAUGUGUGUUGAAUGAACGGUGCCUGUGACAAGCGGCUGGACUUUACUCUUUCCUGACCUUUGCUCCUAUGACACACCUCCUCCCGGCUGCCACUCUCAGCCCUUCCGAGCCGAACUUCUCUUCUCUAGGGAAGCUGGAAGGGAAACAGCUAUGGCCAAGGACAUCUUGGGUGAAGCAGGGCUGCACUUUGAUGAGCUGAACAAGCUGCGGGUACUGGACCCCGAGGUUACCCAGCAGACCACGGAGCUCAAGGAAGAGUGCAAGGACUUUGUGGACAAAAUUGGCCAGUUUCAGAAAAUAGUUGGUGGUUUAAUUGAGCUCGUUGACCAGCUUGCGAAAGAAGCUGAGAAUGAGAAGAUGAAGGCCAUCGGUGCUCGGAACUUGCUCAAAUCCAUCGCAAAGCAGCGAGAGGCCCAGCAGCAGCAACUGCAAGCACUGAUAGCAGAAAAAAAAAUGCAGCUUGAAAGGUAUCGGGUUGAAUAUGAAGCUUUGUGUAAAGUAGAAGCAGAACAAAAUGAAUUUAUUGACCAAUUUAUUUUUCAGAAAUGAACUGAAGGUUUCAUUUUAUAGCAGGCGGGCAAAAAACACCCCCCCCAAAACCCCUCUGUACCAUCCCAGUGACUUGACCAGUGGCCCAAGUGUGCCCUUAGAGAUGGCAUGGGGAAAACACAGCACCUCCGCAGGCAGUAAGCAAGCGGGGGGCCGGCGGGGGGGGGGGGUGGCCUGCUGCAGAUGUCACCAGACAUCUGCUGGUCAAUUACCCAGUGGGCGCGGUGGUCUGGGCGUUCUUAGCCUGAACUGAGCUGUCUGUACAUUCUGAUCUUUUUUUUUUUUUGUAAAUUCACAAAGCUUUCAAAGGAAGAGCAAUAAAUUAUUGUUUUCAAA